AUGGCCCCUCAACGAUAUGAAGCCCUGAACUCACACGAUCACGAUGAAGACUCUCCUAUUUCUCCUGACUCGCGUCACCCAAUCCCAUCCUCACCGCCACCGUCAUUUCGAUCCCGAGCGUCCUCGCCCACUUCCAGGCGCCUACUAAACCAAGAUCCAUUAUCACCAGAAACCGACCGCGACCAUCUGGAGGACACGUUUGACGAUGGAGAGGCAUCCGAUGCAGAGAAUGAUGGCGACGAUAGACAACGUUUGAUGAGAGUCGAUACGGGACUUAGCAGGCAGGAUGCCGCCCCUCCGACUACUUCUACUCCCGCUACUCAAUCGGCACCUGUGAUUCAGCGCCGAGUCACCGAAUUGCCUGCAUUUCGGCCCAUGCCCGAGUCCGUGAGAGCCACAGACGGCGUUUUCGCAAAUCUAUCCGCCAAGCCGGAACGGGGUGAACAGUUAGAGGAAAAGCCUCCCACCUACGAACAGGCCGCCGCAGAUGCAACACCGCCGUAUUGGGAAACCACCAUCCUCGCGCCCGGCAUGUCCUCGGAUGAAGUCUAUGUCGAUGGCCUCCCUGUCGGCUCCGUUUUCUCCUUCGUUUGGAAUGGCAUGAUUUCCAUGUCGUUCCAACUCGUCGGAUUCCUGCUUACUUAUCUCCUCCACACUACACAUGCCGCGAAACACGGUAGUCGGGCUGGUCUGGGCUUAACGCUGGUUCAAUACGGUUUCUACAUGAGUGGCUCCGGUGACGGAUCAUCUGACACGGGAAACCCUGGCCAGUUCAGCAACUCAGGACCACCAGAUCCAAACAGCCACAAUUUCGAUCCCAACGCUGUGAAUGGACAGGCGGACUCGUCCGGAGAACGUAGCGGUAUGGGCGGCUUUACGAGUGCAGAUUGGAUAUCAUACGUCCUCAUGAUUAUUGGCUGGUUCAUACUGAUAAGAGCGGUGUCUGAUUUCCUGCGCGCAAGGAGGCACGAGGCGCUGGUUCUGCAGUCUCCUUCGAGAGGAUUGCCUGUCCCGGUUGUCGCCGCGGGAGAGACACCUGAACAGGCUGCCUAA